GGAUGCAGUCCUGGAUUUGGCACCGCUGUGCCCGUUGCUUUCUUCCUGGCUGCUGCGCCCCGCCCCCGCAAUCUGGACUGGGCUUGCGGCUGCCGCCGCGGCGCUGGGGCAACAUGGCUGAGGGGGACACAGGCAGCGACCAGAGGCAGAAUGAGGAAAUUGAAGCAAUGGCGGCUAUAUAUGGUGAGGAAUGGUGUGUCAUUGAUGACUGUGCCAAAAUAUUUUGUAUUAGAAUUAGUGACGAUAUAGAUGACCCCAAGUGGACGCUUUGCUUGCAGGUAAUGCUGCCUAAUGAAUACCCAGGUACAGCCCCACCCAUUUAUCAACUCAAUGCCCCUUGGCUGAAAGGACAAGAACGUGCAGAUUUAUCUAAUAGCCUUGAGGAAAUAUAUAUACAGAAUAUAGGUGAAAGUAUCCUUUACCUGUGGGUGGAGAAAAUAAGAGAUGUUCUAAUACAGAAAUCUCAGAUGACAGAACCAGGCCCGGACAUAAAGAAAAAAACUGAAGAGGAAGAUGUUGACUGUGAAGAGGAUCUCAUUUUAGCUUGUAAACCAGAAAAUCCAGUGAAAGCAUUAGAUUUUGCUGUCAGUAAAAAUCCAACAGAAAUAGAAGAAAUACCUCCAAUUGAUCAUGGCGUUCCUAUUACAGACCGAAGAAGCACUUUCCAGGCACAUCUGGCUCCAGUAGUUUGUCCCCAACAGGUAAAAAUGGUUCUUGCCAAAUUGUAUGAGAAUAAGAAAAUAGCUAGUGCUACCCACAACAUCUAUGCAUACAGAAUAUAUUGUGAGGAUAAACAGACAUUCUUACAGGACUAUGAAGAUGAUGGAGAAACAGCAGCUGGUGGACGUCUCCUCCAUCUCAUGGAGAUUCUGAGUGUGAGGAAUGUCCUGGUGGUAGUGUCGCGCUGGUAUGGAGGGAUUCUGCUAGGACCAGAUCGCUUCAAACAUAUCAACAACUGUGCCAGAAACAUACUAGUGGAGAAGAACUACUUAAAUUCACCCGAGGACUCAGCAAAAGCUUUGGGAAAGAACAAAAAAGUAAGAAAAGAUAAGAAGAGGAGUGAACAUUAAUAUCUGAAACUCUGUGAAAGGUUGAUUCCCUAUCAUUGUGUGCACAGUCCAUCGUCAUCAAGAAUGUAUUGUGCAGAGAGUGAAUCCUUGACUGCUCAAGUGGGCCAACUCAUCGUGGACACAGCAUUAUCUAUUCCUUUUUAGUCACAGCAGCUGCCUAAAAUAGAAAACUUAUAACAUUCAUAUGUGUUUCAGGCUGAUUCAGAAGAAUUAAUUUGAACUUAAUAGCCUCUCCAUCUAAUUUUUUGGAAGGUAACAGUGGCCCUGGGCAGUACCUGAAUUAACUGUUCAUUACAGUUCAUGUCAAGUGCCUUUGUUAGGAAGGGAAGAAAUGUCUCUAGAGGGAUAUAAAUAUUUGAUUUCAUGUCAUCUAGAUUCUCAUUUUCUUAAGUGAAUAUUACCUUUUACUGCUCUUUAUGGCUUAUUGGAAUAGAAACACAUUAAAACUUGAUCUUGGAGAGUUUAUUCUUGUGAUUUUACUCAUAAGUGUGUCACCUUUCAUUUUAUAGUGUUCAUCAGUUAAUGAAUCAAAUGAAAAUACAGGUAUAUCCAUCUGUAGUUACAUGCUGAAGUGACAGUUCUAUACAUUUGUUAGCCUAGUUAUUAUGCCUCAAUUUCUGUUUCAAAUUGGUAAUUGUGGAGUUUCAAAAAGUGAUUUUCUUGUCUUACCAUUUUGUAUAAUUCUCAUGAUAUAAAGCAAGAACUAUUGAAGUAUCAGUAGGCUUUCCUUUGCCCCUGAAAUGUGUUGGUAUAUUUGGUUUCUUUUAGCACCCAGAAAGUUAUGAUCUUCAUUGAAAAAUUAGAACUAUGUUGGAAACUAUGUUGUGUAGUUGUAUAAACAUGAUGAACAUUUUCCACCUGUACUCCAGCCAUUUUCCUUAAACCCAUAUCUUCUUUGGUGAGAAGAAACAAACCCUUUUAAUUAGAAAAACAAAAUGUCUCCCUUACUCCUCACCCAUUUGUAUCAGCCCUUUCUCAUCAGUGUUUGUGUUUCUCCUUUCAUGUAAGUUGUGCCUUUUACCUCUAAGCAUCUAGACAAUAAAUUUAUCUUUAAGGUUUGUGACAAUAAAUCAUAAACUGUUCCCUUUCAGAUAUCAUUGCAAACAAUUGUUAACAGUUUGGUGAUGGGUGAAGUGUGCUGGCACCUAUUUGGGGGAUUGUGACUCCAUGACAAUACCAGUAUAUAAACAUUUACCUCAAAAAAAAAAGUUACUAAUUAAUCAUACAUUUAGCUGAGAUGUUUCCAAAGGGAAGGGGGAAUAGAAAUUAGAUGGCAAUUUGUAAUGGAUCUGAGCAUGGAAAACAUGUGAAGGAAAGUGAACACAAACACAUAUGGUUUUUUCUUUCUGACAUUUUACAUGUUAAGGUUCCAUUAUUUUAUUUGACAUUUAAAUUUUGCAUUUAUAUUUACUAUUAUUUUACAAUAGUACUGCUCAGCUCUGGCUUAUGGUGGUCCUGGAGAUUGAACCUGGGACCUUGGAUCCUCAAGCAUAAAAGCUUUUGCAUAAACAUUAUGCUGUCUCUCCAGCCCAGAAUUUAGCAAAUAGCAUUAGACUAGGAUAGAUUCUGAGAACUAAAACUAAAUCAUAUUUGUUAUGUAUUUAAGAACAGUCACUUCAAAUUCCACGAAAAGCUAAGUAUGUCCUAUAUAUUGUUAAAAUUAUUAAAGAAGUCAGAGAUUAUUAGUUAACAUUAACAUAAUUUCUUUUUUUUUUUUUUUUUUUGAUAGAGACAAGGAGAUAGAAGAGAGUGAAAGAGAGCACCAAAAUUUCCAUCAGUGUGGUAGGGGCCAGACUUGAACCUGUGUUACACACAUGUCAAAGCAGCAUACUGUCCAAGUGAGCUGAGCUGUUUCACUGAUCCCACUCCACAAUUUGUGCGUUUCAGACUCGUGAAGGAAGGUGUGAACAAUAGGGCUUUGGUGCUGGGGGUGGGAGGAGAGUUUAUUUUUCUGCUGUAUCAAAUUUAGAUUUUUGUCUUGCUCUUUUAUCCAAUAUUUACUGAGAUCUGUACAGAAAACGAAGGUAUUUUAUUCUGUGGUCUAAUUUUCCUGACUCCCUCCAAAAAAAAAAAAAAAAAAGGCCUAACCUCCUUUCCUUAGAGUCAGUCAUCUAAUAAAAAGGAAAUAUCCGCAAUUCUUAAGUGAAGGAACUUGACUCAUUUCACACUUUACAAUUUUGGAUCCCCUACCUACAGAUAGUGUCUGUUUUCUCUCUUUAAAACUUACCUCAACUAGAGGCAUUUUGGAUCCCCAAAAUUCUUUUCUAUAGCCAGAUCUAUGCUACGGCAAAUUUUUUUUAUAUAUAAUUUAUUUAUAAAAUAGAAACACUGACAAGAUCUUAGGAUAAGAGGGGUACAGUUCCCACCACUAGAGCUCCAUAUCCCAUUCCCUCCCUUCCCCUGAUAGCUUUCCUAUUCUUUAACUCUCUGGGAGUAUGGACCCAAGGUCAUUAUGGGGUGCAGGAGGUGGAAGGUGCAGCUUUUGUAAUUGCUUCCCCAAUGAACAUGGGCAUUGGCAGGUCAAUCCAUACUCCCAGGCUGUCUGUCUCUUCUUUCCCUAGUGGGCUGGUGCUCUAGGGAAGCGGAGCUCCAGGACACAUUUGCAUUUUGCUGCAGUGAAGUUUAUAGUCUACUGCCUCCUGUAUAUGUCAAUAGCACGAUGAUUUGGAGGACAGUAUGUAUCAUGAAACAGAAGCUGCUUGAAGAGAAUUAUAACUAAACACAACCAAUAAAGAAUUAUAUGAAGUUGCUACUGUCUGAAAGGCAGGUGAAAUUUAUUGGGAAAAUUGUACAGUCUCUGCUGCCACAAUUUAGAGAUAAUCAUCCUUAACAUUUAGUAUGUACAUCCUUCUAUUUUUCCCUAUGCAUGAUUUUGUACAUAUGGCUAUUUUUAUUUCCAUAGAAAUGGUAUUAAACUGUAUAUAAUGUUUUGUAUCUGGCAUAUUUCAUAUAGUAUAUUAUUAACAUUUUCCUGUGUCAAUAAAUAUUCUUCUAUGGCUUCA